AUGUCGUGGGUGUUGGAGGAUGUCGUUCCCAACCUCACGUUGUUGACUCUGGUGAAGUAUUCCGGAGUCCUGUCAUACACUCUUCUGGUCAAAUACAUUUGGCCAUCGCGCUGGAGCUUCAUGAAGGCUGUGUUCUUCAUCAACCGGUAUACUCCCCUGGUCGACCUAACGCUGAAUAUUUCCCUGGUACUUUACACUACGAAUCCCCAGUCAUGCAAGAUUCAGUACGACAUUCUAGCCGGCUCCUACGUCUUCGGCUCCCUUGCCUCGGAAGCAAUCAUCAUGGCGCGGACAAUGGCGUUGUACAACUUUUCAAUCUUCGUCAUCCUCCUGAUGGGCGCAGCUGGCCUGGGCAUUCUUAUUCCCUCUAUCGUCAUAUGUCACUCGUUUCUCUCGCAGAUAGACUACCCGGACGCUGCGAUCUUACGCUUCAUCGGCGGGUGUGUGCCCACCGUGGAGGCGCGCCCGGUCUGGGUGCUGUACACUUGCCUCAUGGCAUCGGAGACCAUCGUGGUGUUGCUGACAUUCUACAAGAUGUAUCAGACGCCUUCGGAGCGGAAGCAUCGGUCGCCGCUGGUGCACACCAUGUACCGGGACGGAUCCCUCUACUACGUCGUAUUGCUAAUGUUCUCAAUCGCAAACCUGUGCUUCAUGCUACUCGCUCCCAAAGCUGCCUCGUCUGUUAUCCAGAUGCCCUUCCGGGUGGUCCACAGCACGAUGUGCAGCCGCGUGCUCCUCAACCUGCGCAAGGUCGCCGCGAAGCUGACGGACAUGAGCUACGACGAGUUCCGCCAGAGCCGCCUCGCGUUCGGGCCGGGCGUGCGCGACGCGCAGCGCACGUACCACAUGGACCUCGAGCUGGACACGAUCGCGGACGACGACGACUGGCGCUGAAGUCCGUGUUGUGUCCGGUCCCCUGCUGCAGCCGUUGAGGGGGUACGCUGUCGGGUCUUAGAGCCGCUAUAACAUUACUCGAUGCGACAAGCAUGUCUCGUGUUCCUGCUUCCGCCGGGACUGAAGCACCCCGUGGCAUUCCCGGGACGCGCUCAGGUCUCAUCGGCGACGCGUCGACGCCGAGGAGGCUUUCCCCGAGGAGUCGUACGUCAUGUCGCUCUCGACCACAGACCUGCAGGGGCACGACCGCGCGCCCAGGAAACGGGUGACGAACGAAGAGCCGUCAGCGCACAAGUGAUAUAUGAUAGCGACGAGGGGAAGUGAUGGGACGGAUGUCCGGUUUACCACUUGAACGAUUUUAUAGAUGCGCACGACUUGUAUGACG